GGGUAUUUCUAUUGCGCGAAGCAUUGUGGGUUGCUGGGCGGCCGGGUCUCGGAGAAGAGGGGAGAGUGGCGGGCUGCUGAAUCAGCUUCCAAAAUGAUGCUGAACAUCACUGUUAUAUAAAGCUGACUGCCUGGGCAUCUCCAGGACAACACCUCAAGCUCUUGGCAUCUUGCAUUUUGCAUCAGUGCCCCAUCUGCUUCCCUAAGAUUGAGCUGUAACACAGACAAGUGGAUGUUUUGCUGCGGGAUGAACAUUUAGCAGGGUCUGCCUCUUCCUCCUGUGUUGUGACCUAAUUCCUCCGCACAGGGAGUAAGGUCAGAAGUUGAAAAGGCCAUGGUCAUUCAGCUGGGCACUGGAGAACUCAUGAUUUGUUCUUUUUAGACGAGCCCACACCAGUUAUCCUAUUGAAAGAGGGGACUGAUAGCUCCCAAGGCAUACCCCAGCUUGUGAGUAACAUCAGUGCCUGCCAGGUGAUUGCUGAAGCUGUAAGAACCACCCUGGGUCCCCGUGGUAUGGACAAGCUUAUUGUGGAUGGCAGAGGCAAAGCAACAAUUUCUAAUGAUGGGGCCACAAUUCUGAAACUUCUUGAUGUUGUCCAUCCUGCAGCAAAGACUUUGGUAGACAUUGCCAAAUCCCAAGAUGCUGAGGUGGGUGAUGGCACCACCUCAGUGACCUUGCUGGCUGCAGAGUUUCUGAAGCAAGUGAAACCCUAUGUGGAGGAAGGUUUACACCCCCAGAUCAUCAUUCGAGCUUUCCGCACAGCCACCCAGCUGGCGGUUAACAAGAUCAAAGAGAUUGCUGUGACUGUGAAGAAGGCAGAUAAAGUGGAGCAGAGGAAGCUGCUGGAAAAGUGUGCCAUGACUGCUUUGAGCUCCAAGCUGAUCUCCCAGCAGAAAGCUUUCUUUGCUAAGAUGGUGGUAGAUGCAGUGAUGAUGCUCGAUGAUUUGCUGCAGCUUAAAAUGAUUGGAAUCAAGAAGGUACAGGGUGGAGCCCUCGAGGAUUCUCAGCUGGUAGCUGGUGUUGCAUUCAAGAAGACUUUCUCUUACGCUGGGUUUGAAAUGCAACCCAAAAAGUACCACAAUCCUAAGAUCGCCCUUUUGAAUGUCGAGCUCGAGUUGAAAGCUGAGAAGGACAAUGCUGAGAUAAGAGUCCACACAGUUGAGGAUUAUCAGGCAAUUGUUGAUGCUGAGUGGAACAUUCUCUAUGACAAGUUAGAGAAGAUCCAUCAUUCUGGAGCCAAAGUUGUCUUGUCCAAACUCCCCAUUGGGGAUGUGGCCACCCAGUACUUUGCUGACAGGGACAUGUUCUGUGCUGGCCGAGUACCUGAGGAGGAUCUGAAGAGGACAAUGAUGGCGUGUGGAGGCUCAAUCCAGACCAGUGUGAAUGCUCUGUCAGCAGAUGUGCUGGGUCGAUGUCAGGUGUUUGAAGAGACCCAGAUUGGAGGCGAGAGGUACAAUUUUUUUACUGGCUGCCCCAAGGCCAAGACAUGUACCUUCAUCCUCCGUGGCGGUGCCGAGCAGUUUAUGGAGGAGACAGAGCGGUCCCUGCAUGAUGCCAUCAUGAUCGUCAGGAGGGCCAUCAAGAAUGAUUCAGUGGUGGCUGGUGGCGGGGCCAUUGAGAUGGAGCUCUCCAAGUACCUGCGGGAUUACUCAAGGACUAUUCCAGGAAAACAGCAGCUGUUGAUUGGGGCGUAUGCCAAGGCCUUGGAGAUUAUCCCACGCCAGCUGUGUGACAAUGCUGGCUUUGAUGCCACAAACAUUCUCAACAAACUGCGGGCUCGGCAUGCCCAGGGGGGCACGUGGUAUGGGGUGGACAUCAACAACGAGGACAUUGCUGACAACUUUGAGGCCUUCGUGUGGGAGCCAGCUAUGGUGCGGAUCAAUGCGUUGACAGCAGCCUCUGAGGCUGCGUGCCUGAUCGUGUCUGUAGAUGAAACCAUCAAGAACCCCCGCUCAACUGUGGAUGCUCCCCCAGCAGCAGGCCGGGGCCGUGGUCGUGGCCGCCCGCACUGAGAGGCACCCCACCUGUCACAUGACUGGCUGGCUGCUGGGUGCACCUACUCUCCUUGGCUUGGUUACUUCAUUUUACAAGGAAGGGGUAGUAAUUGGCCCACUCUCUUCUCAUUGGAGGCUAUUUAAAUAAAAUGUAAGACUUCGGA